GGCGUGGGCGGAGGGGGGCCGGGGACCGUCACGGGAGUCGUCGCUUGAGGUGCCGCAGAGCCCUGCGUCGAUAUUUACUCGGUCUUCUUUUAGCGGGAGGAGUCUUUCGGAAGUGACGACCGGCCAGAGCGCCGGAGGUUCACGUCCAGGGCCAGGGCCAGCAAUGCGUGAGAUUUGCCUGUCCGCCGUCCGCGACUGGAAGGGGUGCAUCGAGUCGCUGGUGGAAGCGCUCGAGAUCUCGCUGUCAGAGACGUAUCGAAACUACGAGCCAGACGCCACGCCGAGCAUGGUGAAGGCGCUCUUCCAGGAUAAAGUCUUCCGCGCCGCCGCGAUCCAGCAGAUGAGGCGGACCAGUAUCGUCAAGACGUUCUCGCCUAGCCCGGACUUUUUCCCGCUUUAUGAUAUACGAUUUAGGAACCACGACCGUGUGAAGCAGGAUCUCGUCGAGGUCACGCGGGUUCUGCAGCUGGGGGAGUCGGGUGUUACGGAUGAGAGGCCGGUGAAGGAACUUGAUGUCGCGCCGCGAGGGGACGCCGUUCUCGAGUUUGCGAAUAUCGGAGCCGGCGAGACGGAAGCGCUGCCCGUGCUGCGGUAUCGUGUCUCAUCGUUCUUGCUGGCCGAGACGUCGCCCAUCUUUGAGAGGAUGUUCACCGAGCACGCACACAUCGAGGUCCACGACGACGAGGACCUAACAACUCAGCUCGCGGCCCCGCCGACGCCAUACAUCUGCCCGGACGGCACCGAAGCAAAACUCUACCGCAUGCCGCAGCUCGAACUCGACCGCGAGCAAGCUCUGACGAUCCUCCUGCACGCAGCACACAUGCACAACGACCAGAUCCCGCGCGAAGUAACCUUUGAGCAGCUCGUCGCCUUGGCGGAAGUAUGUCUGCGGUACCGGUGCACGUCGCCGCUGGAGCUGUUUGUCGAGCACCGCUGGCUGCCGCAGUGGAUCCACCGGGGCAGCGAGGCGAUGCCAAAGGGCUGGUUGCUGAUUAGCUAUGUGUUUGGGUUCCGGCAGCUGUUUACGCGCAUGUCCAAGACGGUGAUCUUGAAUCUUGUGGAUGAGGAGGAGUUGGAGGGGAUGGAGUGGCCGAGGAGGAUCAAGGACAAGGUUUGGGGGGUGAGGGGGGCCAAGAUGGCGCAGGUUGAGGAGUGUUGUGUGAGUACGAUUCGGGAGUAUUUGAGGCCGGGUUGUCGGGGUGGUGGCGGUGGUGGUGCGGUGCCGUCACAUCAGGCUGGAGACCGCGUGCCGGGAUCGACGUCGUCUUCCGAAGUUACGUCCGCCACCACGACGGCCGCGAACGUUGUCCCAGCUUUGAUGUUCACCGGCACGCCCAGGUGUCCCAAGGGAAGCCACGGCUGCGACGCGACGAAUCUGGGCUGGCUGAUGCUCAUCUACGGCGAGCUCGAGCUUCUACCCACCAUCAUGAACCCAUCGGUACUCGGGCACCUAGCUGGCGGCGACGGCUCCCAGCAGCAGCAAUACUCACCACCCCGUCGAAGCCUAGCACAGCUCGUCGAUCUGCUGCGAACCAUUGCGAGUCCGCCGCUGGCGGUUCACAAGGGCGGAGUAUGCGAUCCCGCGCCGGCGUUCCGCGCGGCGAUUAACGAUAUCUACAACAGCGUGUCUGGGCUGACGUUGCAUGAUGUCAGUGGGCGGGCUCACGGGUGGGGGUUGUCGAGGCACCGGUCUACGCAGCCGCAGGCUGUUUUGCAUAGGGGGUUGAGGAGUUUUUCGGAUGGGAAGAAGAAGAAGAACCUUGAUUUUCAGCUUGAGCAGGAGCGGGAGCAGGAGAUGGAAAAGGGCAAGGUCCUCGAGAGGUCUGACGCGGUACGGUUGUUGGUUUUGGAGAGGUGCGUGGACAGUGUGGAGGAUUUACGUGCGGCGGCGAUGGUGAAUCGAAGGUUUUAUGAGACGUUUCGGGAGAAUGAGGCGGUGUUGAUGGGGAGGUUUGUCGGGGACGCGAGGUUGAGGACGUUGAUGAAGUUGACUUCUAUGGAUGUUGUCGCGGCGGGGGAGAAUAAGGUGCCCAAGGGGGAGGCUGAUGCUAUGAGAGCGGAGGGGGAGACUGAGGCAGAGGUCGUUCAGGGUGUAUUCUCUGACGAUGAUUUAGGAGGCCGGCUGGUUCGGACGCAGGAUGUGCAAGAGAAUGUUACGGAUGUGUUCCUAGCUGUACCUUCGUCGCCUGGGCUUGGGCCUGGGGGAGGCGGCGGCGGCGGCGGCGAUAUUUCUGCGUUUGAUGAUAGCUCGGAGGACGAGGGCGAGGUGUUGAGCGAGGAUGAGGCCAGGCGGAUAUUAUGGCCUCCCGAGGUGAUGGUCUCGUCUGCCCGGGAGUCAUCUCCUUCGCCACGGCGGCUGCGUUCCCAGCCUCUCGGGUCCGGUUCCGGGUCUGACUUGAUUGCGGAGAAUGGGGUGAUGAGGGAGAAGUUCCGGACUGGCGACGCUGUGUUUGUGGAGGAAAAGAUGCUGUUGGAGGGUGAGGAUAAACAUCUUCGGGAUGAGCGGGAUAGGAGGGUUGGGCUUUUGCCAGGGGACGGGUGAGAGGGCUUGAGGGAGUUUAAAGGCGUUAUGGUGGGCUCUGGGUUAAGUACGGAGGAAUAAUGGUGGUGGCAUCAAGCGCGGAGUUUCUUUAUCUAAUUACGGGAAUGACUAAGUAUCGUCUUCGGAAUACCACCCCAGUGUAUAGGAAACGAGGGAUAAGAAAUACUCUAUAACGAAGCUCACAAGAUGUAGAGACAUGCGGCUCAUUCGGACGGAGAGCCGGAAAGAUGUAAUGGAGACCGGAGGCUAGUUACAGCGUCUCGAGCCGUGCAUUCAGAGAAGCAAUCAUGGAUAAAUCAAAUAUAGAAAAUGACUUGUGGCAAGGGAUGAAGUUGGUGCCUUUAGCAUAGCUCUAGCGAUCCGGAGAGC